UUCAGCGGCAUCUGGCGAUACUAAGAAAAACUGCAGCCCUAGUUGCGACAGCUGACAUCCUCAGAGGUCAUCACAACACGUGAAAGCAUGGCAGCGGUACUGCGUCAGUUUUCCACCGUCUUCUCCCCCACAAGACUGGCCUGCCAGACUGGCGUGGCCUUCUUUACACUGCAGGCUGCAGGGACAGAGCGGCUAGUUACCAAGAAAGUCUACUUCGACAUCGAGAUCGGCGGAGAGAAGGCAGGCCGUGUCGUCAUGGGGCUGUUUGGCGACAUCACACCAAAGACGGCGGCGAACUUCGAGCAGCUUACAACUCACGAGAAGGGCUUUGGUUACAAGGGCAGCGCCUUCCAUAGAGUCAUCAAAAAGUUCAUGAUCCAAGGUGGUGACUUCACCAGAGGUGACGGGACAGGUGGGAAGUCCAUAUAUGGUAACAAGUUCCCAGAUGAGAACUUCAUGCUGUCCCACACAGAACCUGGCCUACUCAGUAUGGCUAAUGCAGGUCCCAACACUAAUGGUUCACAGUUCUUCAUUACAACCGUCCCCACGCCGUGGCUCAACGGUCGCCAUGUCGUGUUCGGGAAGGUUCUGGAGGGAAUGGACGUAGUGACCAGGGUCGAGAACAGUGCCGUGGACAGGCGCGACCGUCCCAAGAAAGCGUGCGUGAUCGCGGACUGCGGCACACUAGAGCUGGAGAAACCGUUCCCUGUGUGAACUGUAUUUGUGUAACGAAGAAGACUUUGUUCAAUUGAUCUACCAACCUGAUGAAACUAUUUUGGGGGGAAAUUAUUACUUGCUCCUAGGGCUUUGUAUCUAAAUAUGGCAUUAGGGUAACCUCCUUCGCAGACUUCAAGCAGGGCUGCCAUUA